CGGAGCCGCCGAGCCCGGAGCGCGGAGCGGAGCCCGGCGGGGAUGCGGGAGGCGGCGAGCGGCUGAGGAGGACCCCGGCUCCGCGCCGGGCGGAGCACAGACCCCCUUCUUCCCUUCCCUUCCAGCCCGCCGGAUUUGGGAUUUUACCUGCUCGCCUUGGGAAUUAAUAUUAUAUAUAUAUAUUUUUUUUUUUAAUCCAUCCCUUUUUUUUUUUAAAUUUUGAAAUUUUUAUUUUAUUUUAUUUUUGCACACGUGGAGGAGCGCGCGGAUUUCCUAACAUGAUCUUGGCAAACGCCUUCUGCAUCGUCCUCUUCGUAGACGAGAUGCUGCGCUGCCUGGGAGCCGGCCCGGGCUCGGCGGGGCAGGACCCCCGCGGCUGGAGGGUGCCCGUGGACUGCGUGCGGGCCAACGAGCUGUGCGCGGGCGAGCCCGGCUGCAGCGCCCGCUACCGCACCCUGCGCCAGUGCCUGGCCGGGCGCGACAGGAACACCAUGUUGGCCAACAAGGAGUGCCAGGCCGCCCUGGAGGUGCUGCAGGAGAGCCCCCUGUACGACUGCCGCUGCAAGAGGGGCAUGAAGAAGGAGCUUCAGUGCCUUCAGAUCUACUGGAGUAUACACCUGGGGCUGACCGAAGGAGAAGAAUUUUAUGAAGCUUCCCCGUACGAGCCGGUCACCUCUCGUCUCUCUGAUAUAUUCAGACUCGCUUCAAUUUUCUCAG